AUGUCAAAUCGAAGCGGCUCUUUGCAUCUGGAGACUACCGAGGAGAAGCGCAAUGUCCGAGACAAGGAAGACUUUGAGCGUGUACAGUCAUCCACUGCAGAAUCACGACAAAAAGCAUCCGAUGUAGAAAUUGUGGAUUGGGACGGCCCGGAUGACGCUGAGAACCCUUUCAACUGGUCAAAGAGGCGGAAGUGGUUACUCACCAUCACCACAUGCUUCAUUUCUAUCCUCACCGGUCUGUCGGCAGGGGCGUAUGGUGGAGGCAACGAGCAGAUGGAAACGAGAUUCAACAUCAGCCAAGACACUUUUCCAACUCUUUUUUGGGCUACUACAUCGUGGAAUGUCGGCCGUAUGCCGGGGUACUUUGGCUCCUACAUCAUGUUCUUGAUCUGGAUGGUUCCCUCGGCCGUCGCAAAGAACUUCGCCACGCUCAUCAUAACGCGCUUCUUCGACGGCGGCUUCAGCUCCGUCUCCAUCAACAUCCCUGCCCAUGUCCAUCUUCGGCCUCACGUCCGUCGUCGGCAUCGCGCUGGGGGGCCCUUCAUCGGCUCCGCCAUCGCCGCCAACAUGUACUGGCGCUGGAUCUGCUACAUCCAACCGAUCUUCGACGCCGGCUGCCUCCCGCUCUUCUGGUUCAUCCUCAACGAGACCCGCGCCGACGUCAUCCUGGCCAGACGCGCCAGGAGGCUGCGGAAAUCCGGCAACCGUCCGAAUGCUUACGCAAAGGCCGAGCUCGAGAAAACGGACGUCCUGACGUCGCUCAAGAUCUCCUUCACGCGGCCGGUGAAGAUGCUGGCGACCGAGUGGGUCGUCUUCUUGUUCACGCUGUGGAUCUCGUUCGCGUGGGGCAUACUCUUCCUCUUCCAGUCGUCCAUCGUGCAGACGCUCCAGACCAACUACGGCUUCGGCGUCAUGUCGACCGGCCUCAUCCAACUCGCACUAUCCGCCGGCGCCCUCCUCGGUACCAUCCUCAACCCCCUCCAAGACGCCCUCUACCUCCGUUCCGCCUCCGCGCCCCGCAACCGCAACCGCCACCGCCCCGGCCGCCCCGGCCGCCCCGGCCGCCGCCCCAUCCCCUCGCGCGCCUCUACUCGUCCGUGCCCGGCUCCCUCCCUCCUCUUCGCCGCCAGCCUCUUCUGGUACGGCUGGUCUUUAUCGUCCCCGACCGUCGUCCACUUCCUCGUCCCCGCCGCCGCCGUCGGCCUCCUCGGCAUCUACAGCAUCUACCUCGCACCUCGCCGUCGUCGUCAACUACUACCUCGCCUCGCCGACAGCGUACGAGCGGUUCGCGGCGUGCGUCGGCCCCCUCACCUCAGCUCAGCGCCCGCCAGCCUGGGCCGGAAAGUUGUUCGGCGCGUUCUUGCCCCGCGAGCGAGCGGGGCAGAGGUUGUUUGGUGGGGAGUUGGGGUUGAGCGUGGGCGGGGGGGCUUGUUGGGGUUUGUGGGGUUGGGGUUGAGCGUGGCGCCGGCGGUGUUGGUGUUGUUGUGGAAGGGGGAGGAGGUUGGGAGGAGGAGUCCGUUUGUGAGGGUGGCGGCGUUUGAUGGUGGUGGUGGUGGUGGUGGUGAUGAUGAUGAUGGAGGCGAUGGAAAGGGGGAGGGGGAGGGGGAGGGGAGGGGGAAGGAGUGA